CUCUGAUCCAUGCACUCAGCGUUCAUAAGUUAUAUCCACUCUUUUAAAGAUGGGGAGAGCUCACUUGCUAGCCUUGUUAGUAUUAGCAUUGGCCUUUUCAGCGUCCCAUAGCAUUCCCUUCGACGAGAAGGACCUCGCGUCGGAGGAGAGCCUGUGGAACUUGUACGAGCGGUGGCGGAGCCACCACACCGUGUCGAGGGACCUCGGCGAGAAGCACAAGCGGUUCAACGUGUUCAAGGAGAACGUCAAGUUCAUCCACGAGUUCAACAAGAAGGACGAGCCCUACAAGCUCAAGCUCAACAAGUUCGGCGACAUGACCAGCGAGGAGUUCAAGCGGACGUACGCCGGUUCCAAGAUACAGCACCAUAGAUCGUUCCGUGGGGCUCCGCGUGGUUCGGGGAGUUUCGUGUACGAAAAUGUCCAUGAUGUCCCUGCUUCGGUUGAUUGGAGGGAGAAGGGUGCAGUCACUGGCGUCAAGGAUCAGGGCCAAUGCGGGAGCUGCUGGGCGUUUUCGACCGUUGUGGCCGUGGAGGGCAUAAAUUAUAUCAAGACUAAGGAACUUGUUUCGUUGUCGGAACAAGAGCUCGUCGAUUGCGACACGAGCAACAACAACGGGUGCAAUGGAGGUCUCAUGGACUAUGCCUUUGAGUUCAUCAAGAAAAACGGAGGUAUUACUUCAGAAGCCGAGUAUCCGUAUAAAGCAGAGGAUGGAACAUGCGAUGCCUCCAAGAAGGAUUCUCCAGCGGUUUCGAUCGACGGGCACGAGGAUGUUCCUGCAAACGACGAGGAUGCUCUAAUGAAAGCUGUGGCUAAUCAGCCAGUGUCUGUCGCCAUAGAAGCGAGUGGCAUGUUCUUCCAGUUCUACUCCGAGGGUGUUUUCUCCGGAUGGUGCGGAACAGAACUGGACCACGGGGUCGCCGUAGUGGGCUACGGGACAACGCAGGACGGGACGAAAUACUGGAUCGUUAAGAAUUCAUGGGGAACCGAGUGGGGUGAGAAGGGCUACAUAAGAAUGAAGCGCGGAAUCAAAGCCAAGCACGGGCUCUGCGGCAUCGCCAUGGAGCCUUCUUAUCCCAUCAAGACAUCCCCUAAUCCUUCAAAGAAACAUACUGCAGCUGCGAAGGAUGAGCUCUAAGUGCUUGCUUCUUAUGACUAUCAUUAAUUAAUUAUGUGGAAUGUUAAUGUGAUUAUAUAGAAAGAUACAUUUAUCAUAAUUCUAAGAUGAUAUCACAUCAUGUACAUUCCUCAAAUCAAAAUAGUAUAUAUAUAUAUAUAGAAUUGAGCUUCUAUGCUUUUAAAAGUA